UCUUCUCUCCCACGAAAAAGCUUUCCCACUCAGACUCAGACACACUUUUCCUAUUUUCACUUCACUCUCAGACAAUCAAUCUCCCAAACACGCCACAUUCAAUCUGCAGAGAGCAAAUCGAUUUGAUUUCAACUCGUCAAUCUUCGAACCAAAAUGGUUGACGUCGACCGGAGGAUGACCGGUCUGAACCCGGCGCACAUAGCCGGCCUCCGCCGCCUCUCCGCCCGAGCCGCCGCGGGACCACCAACCCCCUCCUCAACCGCCACCGCAACAACCCUUCCCGUACGAAACGGCCUUCUCUCGUUCGCUUCUUUGGCCGAGAACGUGACAUCCCACCUCAAAAGCUCCGGUAUCCAGGUCCAGCCGGGUCUAUCCGAAUCCGAGUUCGCCCGAGCCGAAGCGGAGUUCGGGUUCGCAUUCCCGCCAGACCUCAAAGCCAUUCUCUCGGCUGGGUUGCCGGUGGGCCCGGGCUUCCCGGACUGGCGUGCCGCCGGUGCUCGUCUCCAUCUCAAGGCUUCGCUUGACCUUCCGAUCGCGGCGAUUUCGUUCCAAAUCGCUCGGAACACCCUCUGGUCCAAGUCGUGGGGCCCGAGACCGUCCGACCCGGAAAAGGCUUUGCGGGUCGCGCGAACUGCUUUGAAGAGGGCUCCGCUUCUGAUACCCAUCUUCAACCAUUGCUACAUUCCUUGUAACCCUUGUUUGGCUGGGAACCCCAUCUUCUUCGUCGAUGAGAACCGGAUCUUCUGUUGCGGGUUGGAUCUAUCCGAUUUCUUUGAGCGCGAGUCUUUGUUUCGAAAAUCGGACUCCGACCCGUAUAUUCUCAAGAAGCAAAGGUCAGUGAGCGAAAAAUCGGCCGGGUCGUCGACUAAUUUCUCGCGAAGGAGCCUGGAUACGGGUUUCGGGUCCGGAGGUAAAACACCGAGAUGGGUCGAGUUCUGGAGCGACGCCGCCGUGGAUCGUCGCCGGAGGAACUCAAACUCGUCGUCAUCGUCGUCCUCGUCGCCGGAGCGGUUCUUUGAUAUGCCAUCGAGGUCCGAAAUCCCGAAAUGGGUGGACGAGUACAUUGAUCAAAUCGGGUCCGCUUUGCGACGAGGCGGAUGGAGCGACUCCGAUAUAUCGGACAUGGUCUCGGUAUCGGCGUCUGGGUUUUUCGAAGGGGAGAUGGUGAUGCUGGACAACCAAGCGGUACUCGACGCUCUGCUCCUCAAAGCGGAUCGGUUCUCGGACUCGCUCCGAAAAGCCGGGUGGAGCUCCGAGGAAGUGUCGGAUGCUUUGGGGUUUAAUUUUCGACCCGAGAAGGAGAAGAAACCGGCUAAGAAGCUGUCUCCGGAGCUCGUGGAAAGAAUAGGGAAACUGGCUGAAUCCGUUUCCCGGUAACUUUUUUCAAUUUUUUUAAUUCAUUUUUUUUUUCUGGGAAAAUUGAGAGCCUCUGGGCCUCGGGUUUCGGGUUUCGGAUUUCCCCAUCGGGUUAAAGAAAAUCGAAUACAUAGGGGGACGCGUUGUACUAUGAAACAAAGCGUAUAAGGAAAAACAAGAUGAAAGAGCUCAAACUACAAGGAAAUAAUAUAGAUUAUAUAAAUAAUUAAUUGCUAAUAUAUAAUAUUAUAUAUAUAUUUUUGAAGACAA